UUAAUAGUAGAAGUACAAAUCGACCCUAAUAAUUAUAAAUUCCAAAUAAACUCCUUGGUUCAUCCCGUUCGCCGUAUAGAACGUAAUUUAGAAAACCUUCGCAAAUAUAAUCCUAAUAACCCUUUACUAUAUAUAAUAGAUUUUAAGGAAAGAUUUAAUCCAAUAAUUCACUUAAAAUUAAAGGUACUUAAAUAA